AUGGGUCUAAUCGAGGCAGUCUACAUAUUCAACGAGCGCAACAAUGCCAUCGUAACCCAUACAUUUACUGCGCGCCCUCCACCUGCUACCACCGUCCUACCAUUGUACCUUGCCCACUCGGAACCCAGGCCAUCAUGCAUCUACCUGACAGGGACGAAUCCCCCGACGCUGCUGUUUUCUAUGCUGCAGGACGGCCUGCUGUUCCUGAGUCCUUGCUCGACCGACACUGAACCGCUGGUCGUCCUCGAAUUCCUACAUCGCGUCGCAGAUGCGCUUGAAGAGUUCCUUGGUGCGCCAAUAUUGGCUAGCAAGAUUGAGGCCAACUACGAUGUCAUAGCACAGGUCCUGGGCGAGAUGUGCGAUGGAGGCUUGAUUGGCGGUACCGAAGCAAAUGCGCUUAGAGAUGUCGUCGACACUCCCUCUUGGAUGGGUAAACUGCUUGGAGGUGUAGGCUUGCCUGGCACUUCUGCCGGACUCAAUGCUGGACCGACACCAUUCUCUGGCAUGGGAAGCGGUGGUAGUGGUAGCGGUAGCCUCGCGCCCACGUUAUCAACAGCUGGCUCCCAGAUCCCCUGGCGCCGCUCGAAUGUUCGCCAUACGAGUAAUGAGAUGUAUGUCGAUAUUGUAGAGACUCUGUCCGUCACCUACGCUCCCUCUGGACGUCCCUUGGCCGCCUUUGCCAAUGGCAGCAUUGCCUUUACCAGCAAGGUCUCUGGUGUCCCUGAUUUGCUCUUGAGCUUGAGAGCUGGUAGCGGACCUGGUGCUGAGAAGGUGAAGCGUACAAUGGAGCGUCCCGUGUUCCACCCAUGUGUACGAUUGGCACGCUGGAGAGACCACGCAGAACUCAGUUUCGUGCCGCCAGACGGUCGCUUCGUGCUCGCAGGCUACGAUGUCGAUCUACUCGAUCCUUCAGCAUCUCCUCUGUCUGCAAAAGCUCAAGACCUUAAUCUUCCCGCUUCGAUAGAGAUUCGCACCGGACUGGGCGCCACGGGCUCAGACUUUGAAGUUCGUCUGACGAUCAGCCAUCGUUUCAACAGUGGCAAUGGUUCGACCGGCACAUCUUCCCUCUUAGGACCAGGCUCCGCAGCAGCAACCAGUCUAUCAAAUAACCUAGGCUCCCGCCCGUCCACUCUCCGCGGCAACUCCAACGAAGCAAAAGCACCACUUCUCGAGGAUCUCACGGUCAGCAUCCCCAUCACCUCCUCCGUCCGCAACAUCAGCGACCUCCGCGCCACAAAAGGUGAAGCCCACUGGAGUCCAGGCGACACAGCCGUAGAAUGGAAGAUUUCGGCAAAGGAAGCAGCCAGUAUCAGUAGCGCAGGUUGCCUGCUUCGCUGCUCUCUAGUCGGCGAGACCGAGGACGAGGAAGUGGCUUCUUCCCUUUCCAACGGCAUGCAAACCAGUACCUACGACUACGAUGACGACGAAGCAAAAGACUAUCAAAGCGAUUCAAAGACCAAGACCAACGAUACAGAUGACACAGCCAGAGAUAAGAAGAGAAGCAGACAAAACGCUGUUCUCAUGCCUGGAUCUGCGAGCUUGAGUUUUGGCGUCAAAGGGUGGUUGGCUAGUGGAUUGAAGGUUGAUAGUCUGGUCAUUGACACCAAGAGGAGUAAAGGUCUUGGAGAAGGUGUGAGACCGUACAAAGGUGUCAAGUAUUUGACCGUGUCGAGGAAGGGUAUUGAAGUUAGAUGCUAG